GUUAAGCAGGUUUUCCGACCCGUAACCGGGCAGUGGAGGUGAGAGGUCAAACCUUGCUUGGUGAGUGGCUUAGUGGGUAUUCCUAUCUAGGAGAGUCCCACACUACCCAGCUCAAGCUCGGUGUGCGUAAAAGAGCAUUCCCUCACCUUACCAAAAGGAAAAAAAAGCCUCUUGUUGUUUAGUUUCACUCUCGCCUCUAAUUUUGUAAGAUUAUCAACUUCGUACUGACUGCAUCCACUGUUUUUUAAAUCGAGUUUCUGCCCGUUUUAUUAAACAGUAUUGUAAAAUGGAAUUUACCAACCAAGAGUACGCUGACAUUGUCUUCACAUAUGGACGCGCUAACGGUAAUGGAGCUUUGGCACGACGCUUGUACCAGGAACGUUAUCCAGAUCGGAGGUUACCAAACUUCAGGGUGUUUCAAAACACCUUUCGCCGUCUUACUGAAGUUGGCAUUGGGAAUAAUCCGGCACGUGGAGUCAACUCUGGCCAUAAUAAUGUAGAGAUUGAGGAGCAAAUACUGGAAGCUUUUACCGCAAACCCUACUGCAAGCGUCAGAAAAGUAGCUGAAGACCUUGGCCUUUCUAGAUGGAAGGUGUGGACGACCAUGAAGAAAGAUGGACAGUCCCUUUCAUGGUACGGGGGUCAAGGAGAAGACCCUGCAAGACGAAUUCAGUUCUGCCGCUUUUUAUUGAACAUAGACAUCGAGGACCCGUUAUUCUUAAGAAGUAUCUUGUGGACAGACGAGUCCAAUUUUUCCAGGGAGGGUAUUACCAACUUCCACAACCUCCACGAAUGGGCUGCCAAAGAUGCAAAUUCGCACUGGAAAAAACAAAAAUCAUUUCAGAACAGAUUUUCGGUCGAUAUGUGGGCCGAAGUAAUAGUCAGGACUAUUAUUGGGCCACAUUUUCUACCAGAGAAUUUAAAUGGUGCCAACUAUUUAGAUUUUCUACAAAAUGAUAUCCCCGUUCUUCUAGACGAAGCUGGAUUAUUGGAACGAGAAAGACCAAUAAUCUUUCAGCAAGAUGGUUGUCCAGCGCAUUGGUCCUUCGCUGUCAGGAAUUACUUAGACGACUGUUUUCCGGACAGUUGGAUCGGUAGAGGCGGAACCUUUCCUUGGCCUCCUCGAUCGCCUGACCUAACUCCGUUGGAUUUUUUCAUAUGAGGCCGGGCAAAGGAGCUUGUAUACACCACCGAAAUAAGAACAAGAGAAGAGUUGAUUCUCAAAAUAAAUGAAGCA